GAAUUAGACUGAAGAGGAAGCGGUAAAUCCACUUUACUGUCAACUCAAUCGCAAUCAACUUACGAAAAUGCCGUUGACUGAUUUUUUCCUAAUAGAACAAGCACUGUGAUUGGUUCAAAUCUUUGUAGAGCACUUGCACCAAAUUCCCCAAAGUUCGAUAUCCAAUACAUGAGGGGCUGUGAUUGGUGGUUUGAAUACCAGCGGAAGUCAUGCGGUGCAGACAUCGAGUUCUUAACAAACGAACAGUUUAAUGUUUGCUUGGACCAUGUCUACUGUACUGUCUUCGUCUAUCUUCUCCAACACUCCAAGGAGUGCUUAUCAAAGUUACUAUCUAUUCAAUAAUGACACAGACAGGGAAACUAUGCGUAGUUCGUCAUCUUCAGAUCCAUUCGAUUCACUGACAAGUGAGUUGUAUGAACAUCUCAGCUCACUAGACAACUCACCGUGUAGUGAGACGUUCAACGAAAACCUACCAUGGUCGAUAGAUGACGAGAUCUCUAGCUUGGCAGCGUCGCUACAAGAUUCCUUACUUCUACAACAGAGAUCGAUUAGAAAAACUCCCAAGAGACCACCUGAUGGGUAUUUAUGUCACUUGUGUUUUUGCAAAGGGCAUUAUAUCAAGGACUGUCCCCAGGCACGACCGAAAGGUGAAGGACUGACCCCUUAUCAGGGUAAAAAACGCUGUUUUGGUGAGUUUAAAUGUCCCCUGUGCAAACGAAAAUGGAUGAGUGGUAAUAGCUGGGCCAACAUGGGGCAACAAUGUGUGAAGUGCUUUAUCAAUGUUUAUCCACACAAACAGCGACCUCUAGAUAAACCUGAUGGCUUAGACGUGUCAGAUCAGACUAAAGAACACCCACAAGAGUUGUGCGAGAAGUGUCAGUUUCUUGGUUACUACUGUCGUAGAGCUCAACAAAGUUAGAUCAAUCAACGAGUUUCAUUCACAGAAACCAGUUAGUUUUGGUGUUUAUAUAUUAAUGAAUCACAGGGUCAAAUAUUGCCUUUUUACACAGAACAAAUCAAACAAACCACGUGAAGUUUGAAAUAUUUGGGAAAUGUUUUGCUGGUUAUGCAGAAUAUGUUAGUGGUUUGCGCCCAAAAUUUUCUUCUUUUCACAAAUUAACGGAAGCUUGGCAAUUCAAACGUUUCUGAAAUAUUCCUAUCUUCCGGUGGUUUUUAUAAUUAUUAUUGGAGCGAGACAUUAAAUAGAAUACAUUAUACAACUCAAUCGCACUGACGAGCAAAGACCAUCCUCGAUGGUAGGACUUCAUGUAACUUAACACAAAAUUUCGACCAGUGACGCAAUACACSAUCUAGAGCAUAUAGUUCUUUGGUAACAAUAGACGUCUGAUGCUUUAACGUCAUCUACUUGAUUUACAUUUUGGAUCAGUUUAUGAAGAAAACAAAAGAAAUCUGUCAUGUCGUCCCAAACAUUUCCUACAAUGCAUUGCGUAUACGGUAUAUAACGCAAAAUCUAUAAUCUGUCAGAGGUCUAUUAAUAGCUUUAUUAUAUCCAGGGCUUCAAGUUACUCUKUUGGCAAAAAUUAACUUGGCGGACGCUCUGAAAUUCAGAUGUGACGUCAUGACCUGUGCUGAAGAGAGUGGCCUGGGGACGAGAUUAAGUAAUUUGCACAGUUGAGUUAAGCUUUUCUUUUGAUUUCACGUGAGACAAAAAAACGUUUCUUCAGUAAGUAAAAUAUAGAACAUGAACGACUUCCUAAUCACCAAGUCUACUUUAGUUACUAACUCUCAAUACAUAGAAGAAACAGCGUCCUUACCAGCAUCUUUACAAUGUUACAAGUUGGUGAGCUUCAGAGCAUAGUUAUGUAAAUGCUCAAAGCUACUGUGCUUGUGUACAGUGUAAUCAGCUGAGCACCAAUGACGGCAUUUCCUAGGGAUAUGAUACUAGUGUUAAUAUAAUAUUAUUUUUGAGAGACUAAUAUGCAAUAGGCCUUUUGUAUGAAACGGUCACAUUGUACUAAAUCUGCCAUAAUGGAUGGCAAAAGAAUGUAAACAACCUCAAAAACAAAAGGAACACAGCCCGUAAAACUUGACUUUUCUUUGUUGUGAGCAUCCCAGUGGGUAUUUUGCCAUCAAGCAUGUUGGAUUUAGUACCAGGUGACCGUUUCAUGUAAAAGUCAUAUUAACUAUUUUCAAGCCGCUAGGGACUGGGAAGAGGAAAGGUUAGCCUUGGCUCUAGCGAAGGCCGCAUCAAGUCAAAAGCCUAAAGCAUGAUUUCCGUCUUAUUUCGUUGAUAUUCGCUAAUUAGUCUCCCGAACGGUUCCCUUAAGAUGGCGCAGGAAUACUUUUGGUUUGUGCAAUCUGCAUCCAAUAAUUUAGAAAAUAUCUGUGGACUAGUCUUAUUCUCUAUUGGAAUGAUAUUCGUUAGUCCAUUAUCUACCAAGUAGGUACAUUAUUAGGUAUGUUGAAGUACCAUAUCUCAUCAUCUGUGAUGAUAUUGUAUAUAUAGUAUAUAUAAUACAGCGGGGUUGGUAUAUUAUUUUWAUGCAUGGAGUAGAUAUUAUAAUUAACUGCUGUGUGUACAUUUUAUACAUUGGGUGCUUAUGUAUAUUAUAGAAUGACAGCUGAGUGGAACAAAUAWACUAACAAAUAAAACAAGUUUGGUUUUA